AUGUGUGCGGGUAUAUUUGUCCCUAAUCCUUUUGUCAUUGAAAGGCGAAAGAACCGUACCACCAGGCUCGCUUGUCGCCCCAGGACCCCAUCGCAGCUUGUUCAGAGUUUUCGUCAAACCGAGAAACCUCGACGUUCUGUCCUCUCGGCUGAGAUUUCGAGCGACCAGAUCUCCAACAUGUCCGUCCCAGAGACGUCUCAUGCCCCAGCUUUCCUCGAAGCCGAACCAUCACUCAACACCGACGCCGACUCUGCGACGACAAGCGCCGAUGAGGCUAGCGACGGCGAGUCUGCCGGCAACGAUGAGUCCGACCUGGACUCCUCCCUCGGCGCCGAGGUGCAGCCUUCCACCAUGUCUCUCCGCAGCAGCAUCCUCCGCUAUCGCGAAGAGAACGGCCGCACAUACCACGCCUACAAGGACGGCGCCUAUCUCAUGCCCAACGACGAUCUUGAACUUGACCGCCUGGACCUCCAACACAACCUUUUCCUGCUCACUAUGGGGAACAAGCUCUUCCUGUCCCCCCUGGACCACGAAAAACCCCCUCAGCGCGUUUUGGACAUCGGCACGGGAACCGGCAUAUGGGCCAUUGACUUUGCGGACGACAACCCGGCUUCCACCGUCAUAGGUGUCGAUUUGAGCCCGGUGCAGCCGUCGUACGUGCCGCCCAACGCCUACUUUCAGAUCGAGGACAUCGAGGAGGAGCCGUGGUCGUUUUCGCAAAAGUUCGAUUUCGUACACAGCCGGAUGAACACGGGCGGGAUCCGAGACAUCCCCAAGUUGUUCCGGCAGGCUUACGACAAUUUGAACCCGGGGGGCUGGAUAGAGACCACUGACGGCGCGCUUGCCACGUCCGAUGACGGGACUCUGAAGGAGGACUCGGCGCUCUACCAAUGGAAUCUUUUGCUGUCCAAGGGGACGGAGGUCUUGGGCACGCCCUAUGGCGCGGCCCCCACGUACAAGGAACUUCUUCGCGAGGCCGGCUUCAUAAACGUAAAAGAAGUGAUCUUCAAGUGGCCAACUAAUCAAUGGGCUAGACACCCUAGGCAUAAGGAACUUGGUACUUGGAACUACGAGAACGUCUUGAUGGGGUUAGAAGGCCUCUGCAUCGCAAUCUUUUCUCGCGUGCUAGGGUGGUCAAAAGAGAAGGUGGACGUUUUCCUCGCAGAGGUACGGAACGAUCUGAAAAACAGGGACAUCCAUGCAUACUGGCCCAUCUACGUGGUUUGCGGGCAGAAACCAUCAUGA